AUGGCUUCUUUCCUCCGCUGGUACGGUACCAAGCUGGCUCAGCGCCCUAUGCUCACUCAGAGUGUCACCACUGCCGUCCUCUUUGCGACCGGUGACACCAUGGCCCAGCAGGGUGUCGAGCAGGUCGGCUUGAGAAACCACGAUCUUGCUCGCAGUGGACGCAUGGCACUCUACGGUGGAGCUGUCUUUGGUCCUCUUGCUACCACCUGGUUCGGCUUCCUCCAGCGCCGUGUCCGCAUCCCCAGCUCUCCCAACAUGGAGAUCCUCGCUCGUGUUGGUCUUGACCAGGCCAUCCUUGCCCCUACCAACUUGUUCGUCUUCCUUUCCUCCAUGGCCAUCAUGGAGGGUUCAGAUCCCUCAAAGAAGAUUGAGUCGACCUACUGGAACGCCCUGUCCAAGAACUGGAUGCUCUGGCCAUUCGUUCAGGCUGUGAACUUCAAGUUCGUUCCCCUUCACCACAGAGUACUUGUCGUCAACGUCGUCUCGCUGGGCUGGAACUGCUACCUGUCCUACCUCAACUCCACUGGUUCUCCCAUCCCCAAGGAGCUUCCUCCUUCAUAG